AGGCACAAGCGCAAGGCGACGCAACAACAGCAGGAAGCGUUUCAUUUUCUCCGACUUAUCCAGACCGUCUGACCCAGAACCUCAGAGCUUUAUCAGAAUGAUGCUGCAGCAUUCGGGUCUCUCUCUGGCCGACAUCAGCUGCUCCGCCCUGGUCCCCUGCCUCUCCCCACCGGGCACGCUCACCCUGGACGACUUCACCAGCUUCACGCCCAUGGUGAAGGAGGAGCUGCGCAUGGCCAUCCAGACCAAGCGGCUGUCCAGCGGGCUCAGCGUGGACGUCAGCUCAGACGGCGCCAGCUCCAGCUCGGACCGGGCCUCAGAGCGAUCCUCCAGCAGAGCCGGGCUCAAGAGAGAUUUGACCCCUGAGGACCACGAGCGGAGGAAGAGGAGAAGAGAGCGGAACAAAAUUGCUGCUGCAAAAUGCCGCAACAAGAAGAAGGAGAAAACUGAAUGUCUGCAGAAGGAGUCUGAGAAACUGGAGAGCGUCAACGCGGAGCUGAAAGCUCAGAUCGAGGAGCUGAAGCAGCAGAAGCAGCAGCUGGUCUACAUGCUCAACCUGCACCGGCCCACCUGCAUCGUGCGCGCUCAGAACGGCCAGACGCCCGAGGACGAGAGGAACCUGUUCAUCCAGCACAUCAAAGAGAGCACCUUACAACUCCACCACCUCACCGCCUCCUCCACCUCUACCUCCACAGUCGCCCCGCUCGACGGAGGCGUGCUGACGCUCAGCGACAUCCAGUGUUCGGCUCGUCUCUGAUCCCCGGAGACGUCAUCCGACCGCUGUAGCAAAGACUUUACGCAAACUCAGAGUUUUCACUUUAUCAUCCAAAGCUGCUGAUGAACUGGUACGAAAUGGCGUUACGCGCCCUGAAGCUGUAGCUGCUGGCUGGACUGCUGGGACGUUCACCGUUACAUUAGGACUCAUUUUACUGUUUGUGUUGCAUAACGACAGUCUGGGCCAAGAACAGACACUAAAGCACUGAAACCAAACAAAACAUCUUUUUUUUUAUAGUUUGUCUAAUUUUUGUACUGAAGUGUGAUUUGAAGGUCAUUAAGGCACAUGAUUACCUUUUCACUGGUGAGGAAAGUAGAUGUGUGUGUGUGUCACCCACAGAUGUUUGAAUGUUGACUUUAUUAUGGCACUGGUUGUGUUUAGUGUAUGCAUAAUAGUAUAUUUAUUAAAGGAAUACAGUAUGAGCUGAAGUUGUGCUAACAACACUGUCUGUUUGUCCUGUAGAAGUGUAGAACUAAUACUGCUGCUAUUUUAUGCUCAGGAGCUGCACUGGCUGUAGAUUUUGUACUUUGUUUGUCCUCCUGUAAGAAUAAACCUCUAAAAACAUAAGUCAGGAUGUUUGCUGAUAAGAAAGGAACAGUUAUGUAAAGGAAAUUCUGUUUGAAUUCAGAAUAAUAACCCUGAACUCAGCAGAAACUCCUUUAAUUACGACCCAAUCACCAUGUAUGCAGAUGAUUAGACGGUGUCCAUUUAAAUUGGGGUAUUUUUGCUACAACAAUUCUUCAUGAAAUUAUAUAGAUAUAUAUAUUGUUUUCCUUUAAAAUACAAAGCUCCUCAAUUGCAAGUGUUAUUUUACAAUGCUUUGAAAUGUUGUAUCCCUUCUUCUCUUGUAUGAAGCCUGUUCUGCUGCGUGCAAACAGCAGACACCUCCUUUUCUUCUGGCAAAACAAUGCAGAGACAUUUAUUUAGCUGUUUACUGAAAACACAGAACAGCUCAGGCUUUAAAGCUUAUUUGUGCUAAUCUGCUGCCUAACUUUUUUUUAUUUAUUUCUGCACUUUUACCUUCUCAUCAGAUUUGGUCCUUACAGGAAAGCUUUAUUGUUCUGACAAAACCUUCAAACUAAAGUUUUGAACUUUAGAAAAUACGUUCCUCAGUUUCAGUCUCUAGAUAAAUAAAACGGCUAAAGGGAAAUGUGUUAAUCAGAAAAGGUCUAAUGGGACAUUCGUAUCGGAGGAAGAUUUUAAGAAGAAACCAGAUUUUGUUUGAAGUUUUCAGUGAGAAGGUUUUAAUGUGUAAAUUAAUGUUUAAGUCAGAAAGCUCAUUGAUCAUGGUGUACGUGUUUUUGUGAUUUGUCCUCGUCCUGAUGCUAGAUAAUCACUAAGCACCAAGUUUAAUUCACUGUGCCUCAUACUGUCUCUGAAGGCUGUUUAGUUUUAGUCUAACUGAAUAAACUGUAAAACUUCAGGUAUAACUGCACUACUGCCACUUACAUGUUCUCCCUCUGUUGUUUCCAGUUAAAUUCUGUUUUUGAUACUUUUUUUACAUUAAAAACUUCAGUGUUAUACUU